AAUUUUCUGUUUGCCAUAUUUUUGUGGGAAAAGCUGUUAUCAUGAGAGCUGUAGUUAUUUGCAGACUUAUCAUACUAGCAGGUUUUUGCAGCAAAAUAAAAUUCUAAAUAAUACAGCUCAUAUUGCUUCAAGCAUUGAAUGCUUAUUUUUGGACGUCGUUGGUCUUGUAACACACCAAACGAUGCGGAUAAAUUGAAUACCGCGUGUUAGGCAUUCAGUGCUUAUAUUUAUAUUCAUACUGAUGUCAAUUUGUAUGGAAUAAUUGUGUAUCGUCGCUUUAAAGCCAUUAUAUUAACAUCUACCAAGUAUUAUUUCCUCUAUUUCUGAUGAUGUCAGACUCAAGUUUUUUAUAAGACUGUUUAUUUUUAUCUACCGCACUGUUGUACAUAAACAAUAAUUUAGUUACCUCUGCCUACUUUUCGAAGAAUUUUAAGAAAGAUGUAAAUAGAAACAAACAAAAUAAUAUGUUUUUUUUUUGUUAUUCAUACCAUUUACAAAGGUAAAGCGACUUUGCAGAAAAAAACAUAGCCCACUUACGUAAGGUAUGUUAUUUUUUGUUUGACAAUUUAGCUACCUUCAUUUGCCGCAUGAACCACUAAAAAAUUUUUGUAAAAAAAACGUUUUGCGUCAUUCUUACAUUUUCUCCAUUGCCAGAAAAAUGUUUUAUAUAAAAUCCAAGGAAAACACAUUACAACUGCAUUCACUGACCCAAAGACAGAUAAUAUAAAAUAUCAUAAAACGAUAGUAUUUAGCGGGCACAUUAUUUAAAAAAUAAAAUUUUCUAAGUUGGUGAUUCAUUCGGGGUAGCGACAUACAUAAUCCGCGGUAGCGGGUUAUGUAAUUUUUUUUCUGCAAUGAUCGCUAAAGCAUUUUAUUGUUUAUGUUCAAAUCUUUCUUUUAACUGAUUUAUAAAUUGAUUAUGAAAAGUUAGUAAAAUUCACUAAAUUACUGUUAAUGUACAUAAGUACGUCAGCUAUAAAAGAAACAGCCAAGUCGUCUCCUGUGAGACUUUGAGUCUGACAUCGUCAUGGUUAUUUCAGGCAUCAUGGCAGGCUUCGAACAAUCGAUAAACAGAGCGUGUCAAUUUCAGUUCUGGCAGUUUCUUGUCAGUUUCACCUGCUGUAGUUUUCGACCAACCGAUAACCGGGUUCGUAGAUUUCAGUCUGGCUGUUUCUAUGGAACUUUGAAUGAACUAUAAGUUUCCGUAAGAAAUGGAGGAAAUAAUACCUGGUAGAUGUAAAUAAAUACUAAUAUUUCAAAUACUAACAAAAAUAUAGUCUAUAUUGGAAUAUUCGAUGGAAAUUUACAGCCCAUUAAAACUUCUUUAAAAAUGACCUGAUAAGCAAAUCUAUAAGAUCUAUGUCGCCAAGACCUGAGAAAGACCCGUUGACAGUGAUUAACUUGGUUUCCUAUUAUCAUAUGCAUUAGAUAUUCUACUGUUCAAACUUCGAUCGAUCAAGGACUAAUCAACGCAACGUAAGCAGAAAAAGUGUAUAUAGAAGACACCAACAACCGAUGUAAAAAUAAUUAAAAGCUGCGGAUCAUUAAGGUCAUUAACAGUGCCUCUAUAACAGUUUUUUGGAAAGGUUUUUUUAAACAGCAAUAUAAUUUAGAUAACAUACUAUCUUUGUUAGAACAGGUGUCGUUAUUCAGUAAAAUCUUUUCAGAAAAUAGUACUACUUGUCUCUUUGGUGCUUUGUCAUUAUGACGUGGCAUCCUCUCCUUUAAGAGUAACAUAUCCGAAAUCAUCUCCACACGGAAAGGAUACUCAUGUAUUGCACUUCUCAGAUGACCUCAUUAUGUUGAAGCUUGACCGCUUAAUUACGCAUAAAGACAACAAUACGGUCAUGGAGGAAAGAUACGAAACUACACAGUGUUCAUAUGAAAACGACUGCAGAAAAUGUUCUUCGAUUUACAUGGGGACUCCCGGAAAUCUAUAUAUUACACGUGUGACAGAAAAUUGCUAUGUUAGUCACAUAACCCCUCAGAAUAAUGUAGCCGUCUUUUUCAAUAACAAUCGAACUUCUCAACACUUCUUUGGCGACCGCUGUUGUGAGGGCGAAAGACAAGUUUUCUUUAGAAUUGAAACUGUUAAUACGGGUGUUGAAACGACAAAGGAAACAUUUCAAGAAACAACAGGCGUUUAUGUUCCUAAAAUAACGAUACCAGAAGACAUAUCAUCGUCUGAUAUCACGCCAUCAACAUGGUUGCCAAUUUUACUUGGAACAUUUGGAUUUCUGUUCCUACUGGCUUUUAUCUUAAUCAUCAGAAUGUGUUGUACAAGAUCAAAAAGAUGCAAGACAGAAAGAAGAGGCAUAAGCGAUGCUGCAGUGGUAAAAAUGAACAACACACCGGAGUACUCUACCAUUGAAAAGACAAACGAUUCAUUAAAUGGUGGACAAGUAUUGGUAAACUUCGGAAGAGAUUGUUCUAACAGUCAAGAAAAUUCUCCUUCCGAUAGCAAGCAUAACCUGCACGAUGAUGAGAAUGGAGUGUAUAACUCUUUAUUCGAGAUACAAGAGAACACAGGGAAAAACUGCGAUCCAUUGUACAAUCACAUGUGUGAAUUUGAUUUUGCUUACAAUGACUUUCAUUUUUCUGAAGAAUGCACGAGAGAAAUGGAAAAUGCUGAAUAUUCAUCUAUAGAAAUUGAGAGGGGUUAA